GAGGCCGCAGAUCGGGGCAGGGCGGAGGCUGAGAGGUCCGCAGCUGAGGCUUUGGAGAGAGCUGCCAGGGAGGCCGAGGCCGCGAAGAUGGAAGCCGUCGAGAGAGCCCGAGGGGACGCAAUCUCGGGGUUCUUGGCAGGGGGGUGGCGGGCCGAGGAGCACAAGCAAUGGCUGUCCUCGGUCGUCGAGUCCUCGGUUGACGAGUGGUGCGAUGGGCCUGGUGUGGAGUGGGUUUCCCGAAAGGGUAAACAAUACUAUGAUGGGGGCGAGUUUUUCACCCAAGCCCUCAUCUACCGGAGGAUGGCUCGCCACUUGAAGAUUGAGCCAAAGGACUUCGACCCGGCGG